AUGUUCAAUACCCCAUUCCCCCACGACCCCUUCCGCCGUCUCCCCAUCUCCACCCCCUUCUCCUACGCAAACUACUUCAUGCCCCAACCCCAUCUGCCUUCUCCGCCUCCCCACCGGCGCAGCCACCGCUACCGUCCUCAUCGCCCCUCCUUCUACACAGACGCAGACUCCCACCCCUCAGACCAAGACGACACGCAAGAGGGCCCAUACUACAUGGAUCACACCAUGCCCUCCGAUAGCCCCUUCCCAGACCGCCCUACGCAUAGACGCCGCCGCCAAUGGACCCCAGACACUACAGCCACGCCUACGCCCCCAGAUCUUGAUAUGGACUCCGAGUUCCGCCGUACGAGUAUCAGACUGCCUCGCAAAGCUGCGGAGAAACUAGAGAGAGACACAAUCCUCAUCUUGCCGUCUACACUAACUCGUUUACGCGUGUACAUCCGCUCUCCAUACAGCGGUGGUGGCAGCGGUACGACAGACGCGCUACAUGUAGUUGUUGCAGGCGAUAUGCGGUUUCGCGAUGUAUUGAGGCAGCUUAUUGGGACAAGGGCGCGGGGACAAGCGGAAACGCGUGCGUUCGUGAGGAUAAAGGGGGCGUGGGUUGAGCCUGGGGUGGCGAGAGUGAGUGAGGUUGUGGAGCAGGGGAGGUGGGUGGUUGAUGAAAGGGGAGAAGUGGAGGUUAAGAUUGAAGUUGGUGGUGUUGAGAAGGAGGGGAGGGAGAGUGGGAAGAGGGGUAUCAAAGCUUGGGAAAGGGAGACGGGGAGGGCAUGGGAGACUAGUCGCUGUUCAGCGUCGAGAUAG